UUUGCGUGAACGAUUGGCGAAUGAGUCCAUAUUUCAGAAAAUAUUGAAAUAAAUACCAAAAUAUGCAAUUUAUUUACUAAAAUGGAAGCUAAGAUUGAAUGCCAACGUAUGAUAGUGCUAUGCCACGGUUGUUUGAGUGCUGACAGAAAGAUUUCAUGCGUUACUGGGCGGCAAAAGACACUGUUUACAAAGCUGAGGGACGACAAGAGGAACGAAAAUGACAAAAACUUACUUCUUUGCUGGGAGUGUAAAGCAUUGUUAAAUAAAACUCAACAGUUUCAAACUCGGAUCAAAUCAGCUCAGAAACAACUAGCGGACUACCUACAUGGCUAUAUGCAUGAUACGAACAAAUUCAAUAUCCACACACGAUUGUCAAAAACAAAAAAUCCCGAAUAUGAUCACAUAUACGUUCAUGAAGAAGAAAUCAAUGAAAACAAUUUCUUUUCCACACAAUAUGGAUCGGACACGGAAUCGGACACAAAAGAUGAUUUAGUCAUCGACGAGGAAGACAAUUUUUUAACAGAGAACGCAGAAUUAUUGCAAGAGAUAAAAGAAGAAUGUGAUAAUGAAAUUAAAAAUGAAGUUGACAGUUUAAGUUGCAAUGAUGAUAAUGACGACAUGGAUUACUGUGAUAGGGAGUUUAAAAUAGAAGAAAGAGAUCUUUUACGGAAGGAAAAAAGGAAGAAGAAAAGGCCAGCUGGAUACCAGUCCAUAAAAAAGUAUUCUAACUUUGCAACGUCUAGAGUAAUUCGUGACCCUUUUACGGAUGAGGUUGGAGAGUUUUAUGAUAGUGUGAAUUUAGACUUCAGUGAUAUAAAGGAGAUUCAUAUAAAAUUUUCUUUAUCAAAGGCUAAAUUUGUGUGUGAAAUGUGUAAAAUUGGGUUCACAAGGCAUUUAGAUUAUGCGAGGCAUAAUGUUUUUAAACAUUUAGAGAUUAGUUAUCCAGCACCUUGUAAUAUAUGUAAAGACAAUAUAACAUCUGAAGCCCACCUCCACGCGCACUGGAAGCUGCAACAUAAUAUCAUGAUGAAGUGUAAAUUCUGUGGUGACAUCUGUCGCAAUAAGGGCGAACUAAAGAAACAUCUGAACAGGACACACACUAAAAUAUAUACUUGUGACAAAUGCGCUCAGGAGUUUCCAACAUUACGUGAUUUCACUGAGCAUUAUAAAAAUAUGCAUGAAAUAUUCCAGUGUGAUCAUUGUCAGAAGACAUUUAAAGUUAAAGUCAAGCUUGAAGCGCAUAUGAAAAACUACCACCUACCUCUAUACUGCAGUGUAUGUAAGAAAAAUUUCAAAAAUUUCCGCCAAUACGCUACACACCUGAAGUACUAUCACCCAGAAUUGGUUCCGAUCAAAAUAAACGCAGAAGUGAAUCUUACGAGUAAAGAUUUAAGGUACUGUGUCGAGUGCGACAAGCAGUUCCCGAGCGUGUACUUGUAUCAGAAACAUGUUAAGGAUUCAGUGAAACAUACGCCAAAGCCUAAAGUAAGCUUACCAUGUCCGGUUUGCAACAAAACUUUUACCAAAACGUCGUACAGAAACAAUCAUUACAGAUUGUUUCAUACGGACAAGACGAAGCAUUACUGCGAACUAUGUGAUAAGUACUUUGUCAACGGAUUUGGUAUACGAACACAUUUCAAGAAUGUCCAUCAGAAGAUUCCUAAGCCAAAAGACAAAAUUUGCGACCUGUGUGGCAGGGGAUUCCAUACAAAUAAUAUCCUCAUGAACCACAGACGUACUCAUACCGGUGAAAAACCCCACAAAUGUCAAUACUGUCCAGCAGCCUUCGUUCAAAAAACAGCCAUGUUGACACACCAGAAAACACAACAUAAAAACUUGGUUUAAUCAUCUCGCAAUCAGCCACGUACUGUGUCCACUGCCUCCCACAGUCCCACCCCAAUGAUUUCUUCGCGAGGUUGAAAGCAACCUUGAAGCCUUGAGCUAAUGCUCACAUAUGGGGUGUACGAGUUAUAGUAGUUAACUCCGUACAUUGAUUUGUAGUAGAGAUGAAGUUGAUGUAGUGUAGAGAUACAAGUUUCAUCCAGUUGCACUGAGUAGUUAGUUUAUUGCAAUUAACUCGUCGAGUACCGUCAUUAUAGACACAAUUAUAGAACAAUAAGUUGCGGUCACCGGUGACCGCUUGGUGUUUGACAGUUUAAAUUACAAUAUGAAUGAAAGGCGAUUAUUUCUCUCAGUUGCUGAUAGCUACCAAGUUAUAAGUUGACUAUAUUUUAAUUCGUUAUUCAUGUUGUUUUAUUACGCGAAAUUGUACGCGCGUCGUUAGCCUAAAGUAGGUUGCCGCGUAAACAGGAAAAUGUGCGGUGGUGAAACCGAACGGUGGGGCUACCGCUACUGUUUUCUCACCAAAUAGCGCUAAUGUGAACUACUCGUUUUUCGUCCAAUAGGGAAUUAGCUAGUGGCACGCCAUUGAACAUUCAAUAUUUGACGGCUGCAGUGAUUGGACAAAAACAACUCUUGCUACUUUUCCGCCAUCUAGUGAGUAACGGUAGCCCCCAUUGAACGAGUGUCUGUUGUCGCAUUUCGGAAUAUAGCUAAAGUUUCUAAGAAUACUUCACCGAACAACUUCGUCAGUCAUGUAGAGGAGGUAUUUAUUUAUUUAUUUAUUAUUAUUUAUAUUUGA